UUACUAGUUCAAUGUUCUAAACGCAAAGUGUACACGCGAGCGAAACGUACGGAACCAAAGUCAACUAAACAUAGUUAACAUACAGAUGAUUAACAACUUGAACCGUUAAAGCAAAAGUGAAAAAUAAAAUUAAUGAGUGCUAUUAGAAUGAAUUAUUGAAUCAAAAAAAAUGUAUUAAAAUCGUUAAGUGAUAAAUAAAAACUAAAAGGAAAUAAAUAAAGUAAUUGUGAAGCAAAAAGGCUGCAAAUUCAGCGCAUGCCCCGCAAGUAGGAAUUACCUUACAACCCUUAUAAACAGUUCCUCACAUCCUUCACCUGAAACUGUUUCCAAAUCAAUUCGCACUAUGCAAUCGCAUCAGAAUACUUUCGGCUCUGAGGCUUCUAAACGCUAUGGUCAUCGCCGCACACCCACACUGGGCAAAGCAAUGCCUGUCACUUCACUGCUCUUACACUGUACGCCACCCACUAUGUCCUCAUUACGGACCAGCUGCAUGAGUGAUGGUUGCACACCUGACGAAGAGCGGCCACCACUCUUCUUUCAAAUAGAAUCAAAUUCUAUUGCCCUCAAUGAGGUUGAUAAUACUUCUCCUUCCACUUCCGAGCUUAAAGAAGUAAAGCCAACGAAUGGCGAAGAUGCCCACUCUUUGAGUGAAGAACUUAACCUCGAACAGGAAUAUGAGUUGCUCGUUUCAGAGUGCAGCAGCGAUAAUGGUGAUGGUGAUCCACCAAGCAAUGAUCAAGAAAUUUCCAUCGUAGGUAAUUCAGUAUUUUAUACACCAUGUUUGACAUGCACUGGCAAUGCACCUGGCGAUAUGGAUGCACGCGCCACCGCCAUCAAUGAGAUGUGUCGCCGACUGUGCACUGAUGAAUGUCGUUUGCGUUUGAGCUUAGCCGGUUUCGAGCCGCCAUCAGCGAUGACCUUGAAAUCCAGGGAGGCGCUGGCUGAAUACGUGCAAGAGACAUACCUACGGCAACGACCACAGCUGCAGCAUACUUGCUCAGAGGAUACAGUGUGUGCUCAUGCUAUGAAUGAAUCGGAGAAACGAGGGGCAGAUGAAGUCGAUAGAGUUGCCGCAGCAAUUGAGGAACCAGUAGAGGCGGCUGCAAAUCUAGUCACGUCCGCCACAGCAGCUAAGACGCCAGCAGUGCGUCCCCCAUCAUGCAUUACUAUUCAACGUAAGAAAUUUCUCACAGACAUUUUAACAACGAAUGUAAAUGACACAGAUAGUGAUUCCAGUUUUGUUGAUGAACAAAAGGAGCUGGCAGACGGGACAAAAAAAAUACUGCCAAUCGUCAAUAAUUUGGUUAGGCCUGCACGUGAGCUAGUUGAUGAAAAAGCGACGAAUACUCCUGACAACGACCACCCUGAUGGUCAUGCUCAUAGCCGCGUUCACAUGAAUGCCCCAAUCGUUGAUCAACACGAGAUGGCCAUGCUCAAGGACUUCCGCGAGAAAUUCGAAAUUGCGGAAGCAUUGGCAAAGACCUCAGCAAUGACCUCAACGCCGCAAAUAAAACAGCGUCUGGCGGCGCGGCAACUGGAAAUUACGAGCGCAAAUGCAAACGCGAAAGCAGCGGCGAGGGCGGCGGGCAAUGUAACGGCGAAUGCUUGUGAUGUUGCAGUGGCAAACAAAGACGAGUGUAUGUCGCCAGCAAAAAAGCAACAAACAAAACAAGAAAUACGACAACAACGACGACGUGAGCAACAUAAAAAGCGACAGCAACACCAACAAUCACCACAAAAGGGUGGGUCAGCCAAUUGCGCGCCAGCGCAUGACGCAUUCACGCACUACAACAACGCGAUCAACGUGAACGAUGUGAAUAGCCGCGUUGAUAAAAACAACGAAAAACGCAAAAACUAUCACGAUGAAUACGCCGAACGUAGCAAUGACGACGCCGAAACUGUGUGUAGCGACGACGACUACAACGACAAUGACAGUGACAAUGACAGCAAUUUUGGAUUUGCCGGUACAGACAAUACGGCUACCAUAAAACAACAGCAACACCGCCAAUAUCAACAACAAGAAAAUAUUGUAAGCGAUUACGAGCCACCGCGGGAUUUGCUGUUGUAUCUUGUGAGGAUGGGCUCUUUCAAUUCGGCACCAAAAAUCAACAACAUCGACUCGCAGGAUGACAAUCUGGAAAUACCGAAAAACUUAAGCACAACCGAUCUGUUGCAACACGUCAAGCAUUUGAGGGGCAUUCAUCAGCCACAAUUGCUGACAAGAUACUUUGUGAAGCCAUCACUGACUAAUGAUGUAACUGACGGAAUGCGUUCGCUAAAGCUAAACACAGUAGACAGAGACUAUAACGCGGCCUCGAAGUUACCCAAUCAUAUACGCGUUCUACAGUGGAAUAUUUUAUCACAAACUUUGGGACAAAACAACGACGGUUUCGUGCGCUGUCCAGAAGAGGCUUUAACAUGGGAAAAUCGAAAAUUUCUGAUCGUACAGGAGAUACUACAAAACAAUCCCGAUAUUAUUUGCCUACAAGAAGUGGACCAUUUCAAAUUUUUGCAAAAUAUUUUGGGCACACAAAACUAUGAAGGCAUAUUCUUUCCAAAACCCGAUUCACCAUGCUUAUAUAUUGAGGAGAACAACGGACCUGACGGUUGCGCCAUCUUCUACAAACGCGACAAAUUCGAGCUAAAGAAUUUCGAUACACGCAUUUUGGAGGUGUGGCGCGUACAAAGCAAUCAAGUAGCCAUUGUGGCUGAUCUUGUCAUAAAGGCUACUGGUAAGGAAUUCUGUGUGUGCACAACUCAUCUCAAAGCACGUCAUGGUUCCUUGCUAUCGAAGCUGCGUAAUGAGCAAGGACGCGAUUUGUUGCGUUUUGUGAAACAGUUCGCUGGUCAACUUCCCGUAUUAAUUUGCGGCGAUUUCAAUGCCGAACCCACAGAGCCAGUGUAUGCCACAGUUUUAAGUGGUGAGGUGUUGAAAUUGGCCAGCGCCUAUGCAGAUGUCAAAGCCAAACGUGAUGAAUGUAAUAAUGACAGCGCCAAUGAGCGAAAGGCUGACAAAGAGUUGCACGGUAAUGAGGCAAAGGAGAAAGAGGAAAGCGGGGAGUAUGACUGCGAUGACAAAGUGAUUAAAUCAAUACAGCGGGAGCCGCCUUAUACCACUUGGAAAAUACGUGAAGAUGGCGAAGAGUGUCACACCAUUGAUUAUGUCUUCUACUCACCUGAGCAAUUCAAGAUUCGAAAUUGCCUGGAAUUCCCCCAAGAUGACGAAGUUGGCAAAAAUCGCACGCCGAGCUUCCAGUAUCCUUCGGACCACUUUUCAUUGGUGUGUGACUUCGAAAUAUUAGAUAAGCAGUAAAUACGGUUGUUGCUUUUUAAUGCGUUCAAUGUAUAACAAACAAAAGCAAAUCAAGGCAUUAUUAGAAUUAUCCAGUUUUGCUGGCGCCGCACAACUUUCAUUUCAUUGGCAUUCACAAAAUCAAUUAAAUAAUUGUGAUAUUAGUUGUUAGAUAUACUUUAGAGAUAUGUAGUUUCAUUAACAUACCAACAAGCUGAUCAGAAAACAAACUGAUACAUUUUUUUGUAAUACUUGACAGAAAUAAAUAUUAAAAGUAGAAAUAUAAAUGGAUAUGCAUGUGGUACAAUUAAAUAA